AAAAGAAAGGAUAACAAACUGCAAAAGGAAAGGAAAACAAGAGAAAAGAUGGCACUGAAACUUCACCACUGCCAUCUACAACACUUAUCUAAAUUCACUUCUGCUUCUAUUUUACUACCAAAUUUUCAGACACUAUCUAUUUCAAAGCUAAAUGGGGGAAUAACAAGGGUAAAAAGUCAAAAAAUAUCAUCAAAAAUAAGAAAAAGAAGGCCUAUAUCAGCUUCAGUUUCACCUCUUGAUUUGACAGAAGACAACAUCAUCCAAGUCUUAGAAGAUGCUAAGGCUGAGUUGGCACAACUUUUUGAUAAUUCAGUUGGGAUAACAGGGAAAGCAGAACUAGCAGAAGUAGAUGGACCUUAUGUGAAGCUUAGACUAAGUGGCAAGUUUUGGCAUAAACGUUCUACUGUUGUAGCAAGAUUGGGUAAUUACUUGAAGCAAAGAAUCCCAGAAAUCUUGGAGGUAGAUAUAGAAGAUGAGAAACAGUUAGAUGAUAGUCCUGCAAACUUUUGAACCUAGAGAGUUGAAGAGAGGCCUUUUAGUUCGUUCAAAGACACUAGGAACGAGCCAGUACAGAGGCACUAGGGACGAGCUAAUACAGACAGUUUCAUGAUUCCAAAUGUUCGCUCAUAUCAAUUGUCCAAAAUCUCAUCAACCGGUCCGAGGGAUGAUGAAGACGAAGCACCUGUUUUGUAGGAUCAUACCCUCUAUCUUCAAUAGCAGGAUGCUUUUCCCCAUUCAUGGUCGAAAUACACUGAUAUUUGAGAACUUCCCAAGCAUUACUUCUUGAUAUUUUUGAAAGCAAACAUUUGUUCAUGGAGUUUUUUCAGAAAUUUCAAGAUUAAGAUCUUCAGCUUGAUGGAUUCA